AUGUCUAGUGCGGAAGAAAAUGACAAGACUGGAUCUGUGGACUGCGGGCCGCAGGUAGAAGUCCAAUACUCGGUCCCCUCCUUUGAGGCGCCCUACCCAGACCUUGUUAAAGAGAUGAUAACCCCCAAUAAUACCAUACUCAAUUGGGGUGGUGUGAAGAUAGCCAAAAUAUCUUCUGAAAUAGUUGUCAAGUUGGGACCCCAUGUCACCCUGACCGAGGCAAAGAAUAUGGUAUUUGUUGAAGAAAAUACAAGAACAGUCCCAGUACCAAAGAUAUCUGCCUACUACACUCACGGGCCAAUUAAUCGAGAUGCGGAUGACUAUGGGAGUCUCUAUGAUACAUAUAUCAGAGCCUCGACAGGGUCCCAAAUUACCACCCAACUCAAGAACUAUAUCGGCGAGCUUCGCCAGAUCGGGAAUGGCAAUGGGAGCUAUUAUAUUGGAUCGAUUGGUCCUGGUCCUGUUACAGAUCCAAUCUUGGAGAACUAUCACAACAAGGGGCCAUUCACUUCAGAGGAUGAAUUUAACAAUACCCUUGUCAAAGCAUAUCAAGCACAGGCACCUAAACGUCAUAUAAAGAAUCUCCUGUCUGGGAUGCUUUCCCAGAGGAAACACCGAAUUGUGGACUGGGAGUUUAGUGGCUGGUACCCAGAAUAUUGGGAGUUUGCAAAGGCUCUGUAUGUCUGGAAGUGGCAAAAUGAUUGGACUGAUCACUUGCUGCAGUGUCUUGAACCCUAUUAUCCUGAAUAUACUGUUCAUGCAUUCAUGACGGGGACACUUUGGUGUAGAUAA